GGGAUCACGUGGCGGCUGUCAUGGCGGCCUCCUUGGCGGCGGGUCGGGGCGCGGGAGGGCCGCAGCGCGGCGCGGGGCUUCUCUGCGCGGCCGGGCGGCUCCUGCUGCAGCUGGGCCCGGCUCGGCGGCGCUGCUUCCGCGGCACUGCGGUAACCUAUCAGGCAGAAGAUGAGAAUUGCGUAGCAGAAAUAGUAAACGUGGUCUUUGUCGACCGAUCCGGCCAAAGGAUCCCAGUACAAGGCAAAGUCGGGGAUGACGUCCUGCGCUUGGCUCAGAAGAACGGCAUUGACCUGGAAGGAGCCUGCGAAGCUUCUCUGGCCUGCUCCACCUGCCACGUCUACGUGAGCCACGAUUUUGCAGACAAGCUUCCCGCCCCAGAUGAACGGGAGGAGGACAUGUUGGACAUGGCCCCCCUGCUCCAGGAGAACUCCCGCCUGGGCUGCCAGAUCAUCCUCUGCAAAGAACUGGAAGGAGCGGAGUUCACCCUCCCCAAAAUCACGAGGAACUUUUACGUGGACGGGCAUGUCCCCAAGCCGCACUGAGGGCGCCGGAGCCGGACCGUUAAUUCUCCAGAGCGGGGCAGACCCGGGUCGUCUCCGGAGGCUUCAGAGAGUGAGGCAGGAAUGGGGGAGCAGGUGAGAUUUCAGAAAUCAAAAACGCACCCGGUGCUCCAGGAGUUAAGGAAGUGGCGCUGAGGGAAGAACUGUGGAACCACCAGGGCACGCUUCCUACCUCCGCCGGUCUGUGCCUUUUAAAAACCACAGCUGGGUGAAGCAAGGUCUUUUCCCUAGCACCGAAACGAUGCUGGAAGAGAACUUCCCAUGCCAGUCGUCUGUCCCCAGAAUCCUGCAGGGAGCUGUAGGAGCCACGAGAGAGAAGAAGCUCAGACGCAACACCGUGUGUCUUUUGAAGGGAUAUAAGUUUGCACGGCACCAUAAAUGUGGCGGUGUCUGGAGGGAGAGUUUGGAGUUAUCAUUCCGCAAGCAGUUUGGUUGUAUUCUUCCUGGAUCCUGUUUCCCGCACACACACACACUGUUGCGCAAAGGUUGCUUUUUAAAUUUUUGAGUUUUUCUGUGUGUCCUGUGUUGUGCAGAAAAUUUCUCAGAUGUCUCUGUCAGUUUCUGCAGCAACUCACACCUCUAAAUGGGCUGGGACCCACUUUUAUGAGUGAACAUGUCAGAACAGGCGUUCCUGCCUUUAUCCCACUGUGCACUUUUUGGUGGAGAUGGGAGAUAAUCUAUUGAAGGGAAGGUCUAGUCCAAAUUAUUAUUACUGGGUUUUUUUUAAUGGAAAUAACUCCUGUUAAGUGAGAGGCCCCAAAAUAUCAUUUCAUUGAAUUUUGUUUUCUGUUUUAAUGGGGUGGAUCUGAUUUGGAAGCAAUUGGGGCUGCUCUUUCUGUGGAUUGUUAGGUACGUGGGUAUUCUAGACACGUUUUUAAAUAUAGUCCUAGUCGGCAAACACUGUUGGCAAACCAGAGCUCGGUGAUUCUGUUGGCAAACCAGAGCUCGGUGCGGGUAGAAGGAACCAAAGUUACAAUAAAUAAACAAUUCCGUUACGUUAAAAGCA